AAGGCAACGGCACAUUCCUUGUUAUCACUGCUUGUCAACGAUCAAGAGCGGACUAAAUAUGUACUUAAAUCCUUGCUUGACAUUUACAAGGAAAAAUUAACCAUGAUUCCUCCUCAAUUGGAUCAAUUUGAUCGAGAAGUUUUUCCCGCGAUUGAUCAAUGGGAACCGCGCAGGGGUAUUGCAAUAUCAAUUUCUCAAAUUUGUAAAUUUUUUGAUAUUGAAGAUGUGGAUCAAAUUAUGCAAUUUAUGGUUUUGCAAGGCUUUGGAGAUCGUAACGAAAUCGUUCAUAAAGAAAUGCUUGCUGCCGCUCUUUGCAUAGUCGAUUUUCAUGGCAAAGAAACAAUAGUUAAUUUAUUACCCGUAUUUGAAGAUUUUUUGGAUAAAGCACCCAAAUCUAAAAGCUAUGACAAUGUUAGACAGGCUGUCGUUAUCAUAAUGGGAUCAUUAGCGCGACACUUAGAAGCUGACGAUAUUCGAAUAGAACCCAUAGUUCGAAGAUUGAUUGCGGCAUUAUCAACUCCUUCUCAGCAAGUACAAGAAGCGGUGUCAAAUUGUUUACCCCAUUUAAUUCCAUCAGUGCGAGACAAGGCUCCCGAGAUUAUAAAAAAAUUGUUACAGUUACUAAUAAAGUCUGAUAAAUAUGGGGAGAGGAGGGGAGCAGCUUAUGGAAUAGCAGGUAUUGUUAAGGGUUUGGGAAUCUUGUCCCUAAAGCAAUUCGACAUAAUGUCUAAGUUAACCACAUUUAUACAAGAGAAGAAAAAUUACAAAUCUAGGGAAGGCGCACUUUUCGCGUUUGAAGUACUAUGUACAACUCUUGGCCGUUUAUUUGAGCCAUAUAUUGUGCAUGUACUACCUCAUCUACUGCAAUGUUUUGGAGAUUCCUCGCAAUAUGUACGACAAGCGGCUGAUGAUACUGCAAAGGUCGUUAUGGGGAGGCUAUCAGCUCAUGGAGUCAAACUUAUUCUCCCGUCUCUACUUAAUGCUUUAGACGAGGAUUCUUGGAGGACUAAGACGGCUUCGGUUGAACUCCUGGGAGCAAUGGCAUUCUGUGCGCCAAAGCAAUUGUCAUCAUGUUUACCAAACAUUGUUCCAAAGCUGAUAGAAGUUCUUGGUGAUUCCCACACAAAAGUGCAAGAGGCUGGUGCUUGCGCGCUAAAAGUUAUUGGAUCCGUUAUUAAAAAUCCAGAAAUCCAAGCCAUCGUCCCUAUUUUGUUGACAGCUUUGGAAGAUCCAUCGAAAAAUACAUCAACUUGCCUUCACAGUUUGCUUCAAACAAAGUUUGUACAUUUUAUUGAUGCUCCAUCCCUUGCACUCAUAAUGCCUGUUGUAGAAAGGGCGUUCAUGGAUAGAUCUACAGAAACACGAAAAAUGGCUGCUCAAAUCAUUGGAAACAUGUACUCUCUAACUGAUCAAAAAGAUUUAGUUCCAUACUUGCCCAACAUAAUUCCUGGUCUAAAAAUGUCAUUGCUUGACCCGGUGCCUGAAGUAAGAGCUAUUUCUGCGCGAGCCUUGGGAGCAAUGGUGCGUGGAAUUGGGGAAUCUUCGUUUGAAGAUCUACUACCGUGGUUAAUGCAAACCCUUACCUCCGAAACUAGCAGCGUUGAUCGCAGCGGUGCCGCUCAAGGCCUUGCAGAGGUCGUUGGUGGUCUAGGUGUGGAUAAACUACAUCAAUUAAUGCCAGAUAUUAUCGCUACUUCCGAAAGAACGGAUAUUGCUCCACAUGUUAAAGAUGGAUAUAUCAUGAUGUUUAUAUACAUGCCCGGACCCUUUCCUAGAGAAUUUACUCCUUACAUUGGACAAAUAAUAAAUCCGAUAUUAAAAGCAUUGGCGGAUGAAAAUGAAUAUGUUCGCGAUACAGCAUUAAAAGCUGGACAACGUAUUGUCAAUUUGUAUGCAGAAUCUGCAGUAAUGCUUCUUCUUCCGGAAUUAGAAAAAGGAUUGUUUGAUGAUAACUGGCGAAUUCGAUUUAGCUCUGUUCAACUAUUAGGUGAUUUGUUAUAUAGAAUAUCCGGAGUGUCUGGAAAGAUGACUACGGAAACGGCUAGCGAGGAUGAUAAUUUUGGAACCGAACAGUCACAUAGUGCCAUAAUAAAAUUUUUAGGCGAAGAAAGGCGAAAUAGAGUUCUAUCGGGACUUUAUAUGGGGCGAAGUGAUGUAUCAUUAAUGGUGCGACAAGCAGCUCUACAUGUUUGGAAAGUGGUUGUAACAAACACACCCCGCACGCUAAGAGAAAUUUUACCUACCUUAUUCGGGUUGUUGUUGGGCUGUUUAGCUAGCACAAGCUAUGAUAAACGACAAGUUGCCGCGCGUACUCUAGGUGAUCUUGUAAGAAAACUAGGAGAAAGAGUACUUCCCGAGAUAAUUCCAAUUUUGGAGAAGGGUCUAAAUUCAGAACACGCAGAUCAGCGUCAAGGCGUUUGUAUCGGCUUAUCGGAAAUAAUGGCAUCAACUUCCAAAGAAAUGGUAUUUUCAUUUGUUAACAGUCUAGUUCCAACUGUAAGAAGAGCUUUAUCUGAUCCAUUGCCAGAAGUCAGAGAAGCUGCAGCAAAAACUUUCGAUUCAUUGCAUUCUACCGUUGGCUCACGUGCACUUGAUGAUAUCUUACCAUCAAUGUUGGAAGGUCUAAACGACCCCAAUCCAGCAGUUGCAGAAAAUACUUUGGAUGGCCUUCGCCAAGUCAUGACAAUUAAGUCGCGGGUAGUGUUGCCGUUCCUUGUUCCUCAACUAACGACAGCGCCAGUUAAUACGAAGGCCCUUUCCAUUUUAGUAUCAGUUGCAGGAGAUGCGUUGACAAAAUAUUUACCUAAAAUUUUAAAUGCGUUACUUCAAACAUUGUCGGACUCUCAAGGAACUUCAUGUGAACAACAAGAACUAGACUAUUGUCAAUCAGUUAUCCUAUCAGUAACAGACGAAACCGGUAUUCGUACAAUUGUGGACAUUUUAAUGACAUCUGCGAAGGCUGAGAACGUGAAGACACGAAAAUCGGCGGCAAGUUUACUUUCUGCUUUCUGUACACACACUCCCGGCGAUUAUUCACAGUAUGUACCUCAAUUGCUACGUUGUUUAUUGCGAUUGAUGGCCGAUUCAAAUCGUGAUAUUCUUCAAAGAUCAUGGGAUGCCUUAAACGCGGUUGUGAGAGGCUUAGAUUCAAACCAGCAAAUCGCCCAUGUGUCUGACGUUAGGCAAGCUGUUAGAUUCGCUGCAAGUGAAUUAAAUGGUUCCGAACUGCCAGGUUUUUGCCUUCCAAAAGGAAUUACUCCUUUGCUUCCUAUUUUUCGAGAGGCAAUUUUAAAUGGUAUGCCAGAUGUAAAAGAAAAUGCUACUCAAGGGCUAGGUGAAGUCAUUGCAUUAACAAAUGCUCAAUCCUUACAGCCAUCCGUUGUUCAAAUAACCGGACCAUUAAUACGUAUUUUGGGAGACCGUUUUAAUGCGGGAGUUAAAGCGGCAGUACUAGAAUCACUAGCUAUUUUGCUGCGAAAGGUAGGGGUCAUGUUGAAACAGUUUUUGCCACAGCUGCAAACAACAUUCCUGAAAGCUUUAAACGAUCCAAAUAAAACUGUACGCAUGAAAGCCGGGCAAGCUGUAACAGAACUUGUAAUUGUUCAUUCCCGUCCUGAUCCAAUAUUUAAUGAAAUUCACAAUGCUAUCAAGUCGAGCGAAGAUUCCUCCUUACGAGAAACUAUGUUAGCAGCUAUGCGUUCGCUUAUCACUUUUGCUGGGGUAAAAAUGUCCGAAGGUUUUAAAAAACAAGCCUUUACUACUCUUCUAACUAUGAUAGCUCAUUCAGAAGAUAUUACUCGGUCUGCUUCGGGAGGCUGUCUGGGCGCACUUCUGAAAUAUUUAGCAUCUCAGCAAUUGGAGGAUAUACUACAGCAGCACAUACUGAUUGUAAGCAACGAGGAUGGUCCGUUAAAACAUGGUCGCACCACAGUUCUUUUCGUCGCAAUAAAGGAGAGUCCUGACGUAAUUGUAACCGCGAAAUUUGAAGAGAAGGUAAUAGAAAUAAUUAUUAAUAGCAUUUCCUCUGAAAAGGUUAAUAUUGCUAGCAACGGUGUUCGCGCAAUAACUUGCUUGUUACAAUUUUAUUUGUCAAAUGAUCUUCCUUACUCACCGUUAAUCGUUUCAAGUUUUACUCGAGCUAUGAACCAUAAGAGCAAUGAAAUAAAACAACUUGUUGCCAAAUGUUGUAAUUAUUUAGCAAAGGAGCUAACCGCAAAUAAGAUGACCCCAAAUAUUUUAAAAUUGCUUGUACCGAUGUUAGUUAAUGGCACCAAAGAAAAAAAUGGCUAUGUGAAGUCCAAUUCUGAAAUAGCUUUAAUAGCAAUUCUACAUCUACGUGAUAACGAUACUACUUUUAAUUUGGUAUGCCAAAUUUUGGAGAUUGGUGCGAGAGAAUCUUUAAAUGAGGUUGUGAACAAAGUUUUACGUAAAGUUGCUGUUCAGCCUGUUGGAAAGGAUGAAGAAUUUGAUGAUACAAUUUUAAACUAAGCCAGUUGUGUAUUUAGAUUGUACUAUAAAUUUAAUUUGAAGUCUAUUGUUGUGUCAGCUACUAUUAUAAAUUAAAAAAAUAAACCAAACCACAAAAAAUUUACAACGAUGAUGCCCAA